AUGAGUAGUAGUAAAAUAAAAGUCCUAAGUUUAGUUUGCUUAGUUGCUACUGGGACAUAUUAUGCUUGCACAUACAAAAAGGAGGUGAAGAAUUUGCUCGAUCAACUAUUUUUAGAUAAGAAAAAGAGAAAAAAAAAAAAUAAAAAAAAAAAUGCAAGGCGAAGAAAAAAUGGACAAGAUAAAUUAUCCGUACUUCAAUCAUUCAUAAAAAAAACAAAUGCCCUUAUAAAUUGGGAAAAUGAAAUAAAUACUGAAUCAAGUACAUCUGAUUAUAUAAAACAAAAUGAUAGUAGUACAUAUGAUAUCGAUUCAGAUAAUGAUGCAUACUUUGCUGAAUAUAAUAAUAUUUCUAAUAAAAAAGGAAGAAAAAAUAAUAAGGCCCUUAAAAAUUAUAUUGAAUUUAAUGAUGAAAAAACAAGAAAACCUAAAACAUCAUCAGUAGAAGAUGCAAAUACAUUAACAGACGUUGAAGAUAUUAAUAAUCUAAAUGACAGAAUGGAUUAUAAUGUAGUUCAAAUUAAAAAAAAAAAAAAACAUAUAAAUAUUAUGAAUAGAAAAAAACAAAAUAUAAUAAAUAAUGAAGAUGAUAAUACUGUAAUAUAUAAUAGUUUUAAUGAAAAUAAUGUAAUAAUACCAGAAAAUUAUAAUAUAUAUUUUAAAUCUUUUGGAUGUGCACAUAAUAGUUCAGAUUCCGAAUUUAUGAUGGGGUUAUUAAGUAAUUAUGGUUUUCAAUUUGUAAAAAAUAUUGAUGAUUGUGAUAUUUGUAUUGUUAAUAGUUGUACUGUAAAAAAUCCUAGUGAAGAAAGUAUGAAAACAAUUAUAAACUAUGUUAAUAAUUUAAAUAAAUCUCGUAACAAUCAAUAUAAAAAAAAUAAACAAAAUAAAAGAAAAGAUAAUACAAAAAAUGAUGGCUACUUAUCAACAUCAUCCUCAGAUUAUUCAGGUAUUGAAGAUAAAAUAAUUUUUGAAAAUCCAACCUCUUCUCAAAAAAAAACAUCAAAUGAUUGUUCAGCUGAAAUGAAUGAUAAUAAUACAUGUUGUGGAAAUAUAGAAAAUCAAAAAGAUGGCUGUGGUGAUAAUCAAAAUGGAUGUGGAUGUACUGAAAAUAAUGAUAAUGCAGACUCAAAAACAAAAAACACUUGCUGCAAUGGUGCAAACGACGCAUUAGUUAGUAACAAAGAGAAUGAAAGUAACAAAGUUGACGAUGCCAAUAAUGAGAUCACGAAAAAACGUACAAGAUCCGGAAGGGAUAUAAAAAUUAUAGUUUGUGGUUGUGUUCCUCAAGCCGAAAAUGAUAUGAAGAUAUUUGAAAAUGUAUCAUUGGUUGGAGUUAAUAAUAUAGAUAAAAUAGUUGAUGCUGUAGAAAAUGUAAUAAAUGGAUAUAAUGUUAAAUAUUUAAAACAAUCUAAAAAAAUGACAUCUUUAAAUCUUCCAAAAAUAAGAAAAAAUAAAUUUAUUGAAAUUAUUAAUAUUAACAAUGGGUGUUUAGGAAAUUGUACUUAUUGUAAAACAAAAUUUGCAAGAGGAAAUUUAUCAAGUUAUAAUAUAAAAGAUAUAGUUAGUAGAAUAAAACAUGUUUAUACUCAAGAUAAUAUUAAAGAAAUUUGGCUAACUUCUGAAGAUUCAGGAGCUUAUGGUAUUGAUUUAAAUACAAAUAUUGUGAAUUUAUUAAAAGAAAUAUUGGAUUAUGUACAAGAUACGGAUAUUAUGAUAAGAAUUGGAAUGACAAACCCUCCUUAUAUACUAAAACAUGUUAAAGAUAUUUGUAAAUUGUUAAAACAUAAAAAUAUGUAUGAAUUUAUUCAUAUACCAGUUCAAAGUGGUAGUAAUAAUGUUUUAAAAGAUAUGAACAGAGAAUAUAAAAUUGAAGAUUUUAUUUAUUUAGUAGAUAACCUAAGAAAAUAUGUUCCAAAUAUGACUAUUGCAACUGAUAUCAUUUGUGGAUUCCCAUAUGAAUCAGAAAAUGAUCAUUUAGAAACAGUCAAUUUAGUUAAAACAUAUAAAUUCCCAAUAUUAAAUAUAUCACAAUUUUAUCCUAGAAGGGGAACUGUUGCAUAUAAUAUGAAAAAAAUUGAUACAAAGAUUGUUAAAAAAAGAUCUAGAGAAGUAACUGAUGCAUUCUUAUCAUAUCAAAAUAAUUAUGAAUUCUUACAGGAUACUAUACAGAAAGUUCUAUUUACCGAAAUAUCAUCAAAAAGUGAACAUAUUAUUGGUCAUACUAAACAAUAUGUCAAGGUUUUAUUGCAUAAUAAUAAUAGUGAAAAUGAAAACUUGUUGGGUAAAUUCGCUACUUGUAAAAUAAUUUCAACACAUAAAUGGCAUGUAUUCGCAGAAUUGGUUUGA